CGUCGACAUAUAUUAGACAUUAUGUCUGGUCGUGGUAAAGGCGGUAAAGUUAAGGGGAAGGCAAAGUCCCGCUCCAGUCGUGCUGGACUCCAAUUCCCGGUGGGACGUAUCCAUCGAUUGCUUCGCAAAGGAAAUUACGCAGAGCGCGUCGGCGCCGGGGCACCAGUUUAUUUGGCUGCGGUGAUGGAAUAUUUGGCCGCCGAAGUUCUCGAAUUGGCUGGCAACGCUGCCCGUGACAACAAGAAGACUAGAAUUAUCCCACGUCAUCUCCAGCUAGCAAUCCGUAAUGACGAAGAGUUGAACAAGCUUCUUUCUGGAGUCACCAUUGCUCAGGGUGGCGUCCUGCCGAACAUCCAGGCUGUUCUUCUGCCGAAGAAAACCGAGAAGAAAGCGUAAUGCGAGAUCGGACGAGCG